AUGCUUCCAGAGCAAGGGCCCCAGCCUUCCACGAUGCCACUCUGCUGCCUCCAAGCCGCCUGCACCAGCCUCCCAGGGCAGGCAGCCACCAUGCUGGAGGAAGCUGCUUCUCCCAACGAGGCUGUCCACGCAUCAACAUCAAGCAGUGGCGCACUCACUGAUCAGACAUUAACAGACCUCUCAGCUGCCGAGGCCUCCUCAGAGGAGGUUCCUGACUUCAUGGAGGUGCCACACUCUGUUCACCAUAAAAUUAACUGCUUUUUCUACUUAGAAAAACAACUCUGCCAACUGUCGUCCCCACUGUGUCUAAGCAGCUUGCUUACUUUAAAAUUAAAAACAAUGGUCCCUGCUCCUGGCAGGUGGUGGAGCUUCCAGCCUCACAAGGCAUUCCCACUUCUGGUGGGCACUCCUGGAAGCUGGCAGAGCACAAUCGAUCCCGCGUGGGCGGCCCCCUCUCAGCCAAGCCCAGGGUGA